AUGUCCUCCUCUAUUCUCUGCAUUGCCCUCAUAUAUUCCCUGCUCUUCUUCACUUGUUUUGACGUCUCUUUGGCUGCAAGAAACAUCCCAUCUAGCGCCCCGAGCACGAUGGUGAGGCCUUUGGUCAAGGAGGGGCUAGAUCACUAUGUGGGCAUGAAGCCUCAGGACUUGAAUCACAAGCAACAAGUUUUUCAUGGGAGGGAAGUGAAGGGUUGCUUGCCAAAAGGGUUUAGGCAUGCCUCGGCUCCAAGCCGGUACGUGAACUAUCACGCACUUGGCCAAGGCUGUUCUUCUAUGCGCUCCAAGAAACCUUGA